AUGUCAACAGAAAUUCCAAUAUGGGUAAAUGGGGAAAUUCGAUGGUUGUCGGGACUCGACAAAAAGACGACUUGUAAAGAUGUCAUCCAAGUACUUUUGGAAGGAGAAGGAAUAGAUAAAACGGAAGUUAAAGAUUUUACAAUUAUGGAAAGAUGGCGUAAAGUCGAAAGACCACUGGAUGAAAAUUCUAAAAUAUUAAAGAUAUGGUCUCAUUGGGGAUACGAAAAAAAAGAAGUAAGACUUUGUUUGAGAAGAAUCGAAAACGAAGUUGAUAGCGGUCGUGGAAGUCCUGUCGGAAGCGGAAGUUUUCCAUCGAUGAGAAGAAAAAGAAAUAAAAUUCGUGGAAAUGGGAAAACUCCACUCACUUAUUCUGAAGCAUUACAUCCCCGUCGUUUGGCCGAAUUGGGUCAAUUCGAAACGAAAGAAUACGAUGAUUUUUACUACGGGGUUGGAAAAACAAAACCAACGGAAAUAAGUGAAAAUUAUAAUUUAAAAAACGAUAAUUACCACGACGAUAAUGAUGAUGAAAUUUACGUUAACAACGAAAACGUUAAUUGUCGUAAAAAGUCAAAUAAAAAAAGUUACCAUUGUCCGAGCACGGGAAAAUUACAUUCUACCCUUCUACCGGAAUAUACGGAUCCAAAGGGACACGGGAAAAAACCUACGAAAUGUUGUUCGAAACGUGAAUCUAAACAUAGGAUAAGAAAUUCGGAAAAUAUAGAAAAACUCAUGAAAUUGAUAUUGGCACAAGGAGCGACAAUACAAAAUCAAUUACAAAAACUCAAAGAAAGAGAAGAACAAAUAGAAUCAAUUGAACAGGAAAGACACAGGGAAAGAAUUGAAAAAAACGGUCGAAAUUAUUUAUUGGAAACUUAUUUGGGAAGUUUAAAAGAUGCCGAAAUACCAGCCGAAGUCGAUGAAGAAAAAGCAGACGAUAGUGGAGUCAAUACAGAAGUUGGAAGCGAUCAAUUAAUGAUUGGAAUAAAAAAAAAAAAUUUAUCCUUCGAGACUGAACUUGAAUCGGAUGAUGUCAAUGAGAAAAUUAAUGAGAAAGAAAAUCCGGAACAAGUUCGACGAAGUCACGACGAAUACAAAACUCAUUCGAAUCGUUCGAUAUUAAAAAUCCACAAAAAAACGGCAAGGUCUAAAAGCGAAAGCAGAUCUCAGGAAUACAAAUCGGAAAUAACGAUAAAGCGUACCCUCAGCGACAAUUCCCUAGAAAAUGUCGACGGAAUGGAAAAGAAAAGCGAAAAAAUAAAAAGAGAGAGUUCGGAAGAAGUUGUGGAACUUCGGAAAAUUCAAAGUCAAAUUGAAAUAUGGGAAAAAGUAUUCAAAAUAAAUAAAAAAUUGGAAAAGGAAGAAGAAAAUUUAGUACGUUUACAUUUGAAAAUAAAAAAAUAUCAAAAUGAUAAUUACAGGUUGACCAAAGAAAAAAUAAAUGAUGGGGAUAAGGAAGGAGAAAACGUCGUCGACGUUCAGGAUAAAAAAUCAUGGAUGGAUCAUUCUGGUGAAGACGACGGUUUGAACGACGAAAAUGAUUACCAUGAAAUAAAAAAAAAUUUAGAAACGCUUAAAUCCGAUCUCGAUCAUAACAGUAAAGAAAUUUAUAAUAAUUUUACGAAAUUAAUUGAAGAAGAUGAAAGAGUCGAACAAAAGCGUAAUUGUUUAACAAAAUUAAUAUCCGAUUUGGAAAGGACGAAUCUAGAACAGGAUAUGCUUAACGAAAUGAUAAACAUGAGAGAGAAAAAAACAACGGAGAAUAAUACCGGAAACGAAUGCGAUGAAGAAAAAAUAAAUUUUAACAGUUUUACUAAAACUACGAAUUUACAAACAGACGGAAAUGCAUCAAUACCACCACCAUUACCAUCUACCUGUACAGAUAAUAAUAAUACGUGUUCAAUAAAUUACCAUUUACCUCACCAAUCAGAAUUAUUUAGUAAUAAUAACAACAACCAAAGCAAUGAAAAAAUCGAUGAUGACGUCAUUGAUAAAAAAGUUCAACAACAACAACAAUUCAAACCAAAGACUGUUAAAAUUUCAUUCGAAGAUAAAGUUCAAAGCUGUGAAAAUUUAGAUAAUAAAGAAUCGGGACUCCCGACGACGACGACGACGACGACGACAACGACAACCGUUCCCGUGGGUGCAUUAAAAGGAAUUUUAAAAAAUCGUAAACAAAAACAAUUUUUUAAAAAUACGGACGAUGUUAAAAUCAUCGAUUCGCAAAAGUUCGUGCAAAACAAUCACGAACGGUCGAACGGUAAUAAUUAUUAUUAUUUAAAUUACGGUAAUACAAAUCAAAAUAUUAGUAAUAAUAAUAAUAAUAAUUUCUGUCGAUCCGUUGAUAAUAUACCAUCAGAUGAAAAUAAUUACCUUAAUUCUAUUGGUUUGCCGAUUUACGAUCAAUCAUAUCACGAACCAAAUCAAAAUUACGUUACAUCGACUCCAUUACCAAAUAGUUACGACUUAAUAAAGACUGCUUAUUCACGAUCUAAUGAUAUUACGAGGUCCAUUCAUCCUCCUCUUCCUUCUCUUCCUCUUCCUCCUCCUCCUCCUCCUUUAACCAACGUUUAUCCUCACAGUACAAUAGUUAAAACCAAAGGAACCAUUUUAAAUGAUACUGAUUCUAGUACAUCAUCAGAUACUUCGGGUUUAUGUUCUAUGUAUAGCAGUAGUCCUACUAGCGUCGAACAACCCUACAUAUCACAAGGUUAUAUAUUAGAUACAUUAGUUUAA